CGUUUGUCAGCGAGGUUGCUACUAUACUAGAUAAGGUACGUGGUUUUCCCCUCGGGCCCCCUCAUCGUGUUUUUCUUCCAGCACCCGGAUGUAACCUACAACGAGUCCCCCUAUCGUCUUACAAUCUCGUCAUAAACAAGGAUACAUACAGCACCACCACAUCGGAUAUGUCAUAUCCUUCAACCAGCAACAUGGAACCCAUCCCAUGGGAAAAGAUCGCGUCCUCCAAGCCAUAUCGGUUUUCAAUCGGGCCCCGCAGGCGCGAGUUUACGAUGCACUCGGCUGUUGUCGAGGUCCAAUCCCCCGCGCUCAACACCUUCGUCAACAACACCAACUUCAAAGAGGCAGGCGACCGACACGCCCAGCUGGAAGAUGUGGACGAGGACACUUUCAUCUCCUUCAUCCAAUACGCUUACACCGGGGCCUUUGAGGUCGCAGGUACCGCAAAAGGUCGUAAAUCGGCGCAGGCAACCCAGCAGGAUGACCGCAAGGAUGACCGCAAGGAGGACCCUGAUGAUUUUAGCUGGGGCGGAUAUGACGCGAGACCUGCGAGGUACAAGGUGGCGCGGAGGCGGCGACCCGGGGUGUGGGAAACGUUCACGGCCGCCGUGUCCGAGGCAUGCCCGCCCGGGUACAAGGCCCCCACGGAAACGAUCACCAUCACGCCGGACGACGACGUCGCCGAGAUCCUCAUCCGGUACACUCGCCUGUACCUGUUUGCCGACUGCUACGGCAUCUCGCGGCUGAUGGGCCUGUCCUUGUACAGCCUGGGGCAGACGCUGAUUGCGCUCGAUCUCAAGGCAGACAGGGGGAAUAAUGAGGAGAGGGUGGAGGAUGUCGUUGCGUUGUUGCAGUUUUGUUAUAAUGGCGAUCCCACGCCGGACCAGCUGAAGUCCCUGAUUCUGCGCUAUGUUGCCUGCAAUGCCGAAAGGCUGUGGAAGAAUAACGACUUCCAAAAGUUACUCGCGGCGCACGCGGAGCUGGGCGCUUCUCUUGUUGGGUUGUUGGUGGAGAGACUGGAUGAUUGAGAUUUGCUCCUCGGGUGCUAAGCUCAAGCGUUGUGCUUCUACCUUGCGGGACUACAAAUUAUUGCCUUUUCUCCAUCCAUUCAAGUUCAGGCUGGACAGUCAUAUGCUUAAUGAUUCAUUGAUGACCUCCAA